GCCGCCGGAUGGCCGCCGAUGACGCCGCCCGGAGCCGCAGGAGGAUGGAUCUGAACCUCUACCUCGGCCUGCCCCGCGGCGCGCGCACGCGCCGCCCCGAUCUCGGCUCCGACCUCGCCCUCGGCAACUCCAUGCUCUCCUCCUCCCCGUCCUCCUCCGCCGCCUCCGCCGACGCGCCGCCGCCGGACCCGGACCCGCUCCACCGCCACCCGCCCUACUCCCCCACCCGGGCAACCGACCUGAUGCGCCCGCCGCCGGACCUCUACGACCUCGCCGCGCACCUGCCGGCCCCCUCGGAGGCCAUACCGGAGCUCGCGGACGACCUCGACUUCGCUUUCUUGGACGCGCCGCCGCCGCCCGCGCCGCUGCGGCCCAGCGAGCUGCUCGGGUGGGCGGACCGCCCGUCCUCCUCCACCGCCUCCUCAACCUUCCGCCCGGAGCGAUCCGAGCGGUACCCCCGCCUGAUCUCCCCGAGCGGCCGCCAGCUGCGGUACCACCGCCCGAGGCGGUUCCGGUCGGACCUGCCCCCGCUCAGCUCCGACGCCCCCGCCCCGGACAACGAGGCUCCACCUCCACCUCCACCGCCGCAAGAGCCCGAGCGCGACGACACCGUCGCAACGGACACCAAGCUGACCGCCGCCGCUGCCGCCGACAACGAGCCAGCGGAGGGUGGCAAGAGCACCGCCAUGUUCGAGUGCAACAUCUGCUUCGACAUGGCGGACGAGCCGGUGGUCACCUCCUGCGGCCACCUCUUCUGCUGGCCCUGCCUCUACCAGUGGCUGCACGUCCAUUCCACCCACAAGGAGUGCCCCGUCUGCAAAGGCGAGGUCACCGACGGGAACAUCACUCCCAUCUACGGGAGAGGGAACUCCGCUUCAGACGCCGAGAAGAAAGUCGCCGAGGAUGGCAAUGCGUCUGCUCCUACCAUCCCGGCCAGGCCGCACGGGAACCGGCUCGAGAGCUUCCGGCAGCAGUUCCACCAUCUGCGCCCCAUCUCCAGGAGGCUCGGCGAGGCGCAUGGGAUACUGUCUUCCUGGAGGCGCAUUCUUGAUCAGCAGAUUAUGACCAGCGUUGGCAGGUUCGAGGGGCCUCCUGAGUCAUCGUCUGUCCAGGAGAUGAUAGACCAUGCUCAUCAGACCGGCCGCUUGGGCCGGAUUACUACUAGGAUGAGGGCAAGGAGGCUGCAGAGAGAGGCGGAAAACCCUACAUUUGUCGACUCUUCCGCUCCCAGCGGCGGAGUGCCCGUAAACAGCGUGCCGGAUCCACCGAGGCGCAGCUCAAGCCCACUCUCCUCUGAAGGCAUUGAUUUACUGCAGCGACUUACCCUUGAAGGCCUCGCAAAUACAGAGAGGUUGGCGACGGCGGUGAGUGAUCUUAGAAGGUUUUCUAGGCCAAGCCCAUUCAGUUACAUCGGUCACAGAGCAUCAACUUCGUCAAGUUCGCCAAAUCAUGAGCCCGCAGUUGAUGGAGCUCAUGCCGCUGCAGCAGCAUUGGCUGCGGAUCAAGUUUCUAACUCGAGCACCAUGGCUGUGAUUCAGGAGGAUGCUGCUUUCACUGAGAGCGUAGGAGAACCUAGCAAUGCAGGGUCUUCAAGAACCCUGAGGAGGAGGGGAAGAAGCGACACCUUAGCUUCUUUGGAUGUGGACGGUGGGGACAUACACCGCAACAAGAGAAGGCGCCUGAACUGAAGCUAAGAAGGCCGAACCGAGUCUUGCAGGUUUCAGGUUGUUCCAGUUUUCGCAGCGGGAGCCCAUUUCAUCUCUUUGGGCAAUAUAUGCUGGGUGUCAUAAAACUCUUCAUCUUCUGCUUGUUUAAUAGGUACUGCCUGGUUGGUUGUUCGUUUAGUUCCUCCGACAUGUUUAAUUUAUGCUGUUACUAGAGGCAUGUAUACCAAGGAAAUCCGGGAGAUGAUCAUUAGAUGAAUUUUCCUUUAUCGUAAAUCAGACUUGCAAAUAUGUACCAGAUGGUGGAAUAAACUUCUAGUGUCAUGAAUAA